AGAAGAGCACAGACCAAAGACUUUAGCGAAAUCUCUUUUCUUUCUCUCAAACUUAGACAAGAUCUCUCUCCUUUUCCACUUCUCUCUCAUUAGCCGCCUUUUAAAACGGACCCUAUCUGAUUCUUGCUCUGUUUUUGCUCAAUUAUCGGAUUGUUUAUAGCUUGAUCCGAAAAGUCGAAAGCCCAGAAAAAUAUUCCCGGAAACGUUUCCACUCUAAAGUUGAAUCAUUUUAUUCAUUUCUGACCGUUGGAUCACAGGGUUCAUUUACCGGGGAUCAAUUUUCCGGUGUGUAGUUGUGGGUUCUCUGUGUUUCAUUUAAUUUCUUCUGAGCUGAGAGAAAAGCUUUUGUUUUCAGUCUUUGGGUUUAAUCAUUGAGGUUCCUUUGGAUGCUGUGAAUUUUGGUCAGAGACCCCGUCAGAGCCGGUAGAUUAAGUCCAAAGAAAACCCUAGCAAAAGAUUUUCAGUAUCCAUGCCGGUCGACGUGGAUAAUUCCUCUACGGCUUCAGGGGAAGCUAGCGUCUCUUCCUCUGGCAAUCAGAGUCAACCUCCCAAGUCCACGGCUAAGAAAAAGCGAAACCUUCCUGGAAUGCCCGAUCCGGAUGCGGAGGUGAUUGCUCUGUCUCCGAAGACCCUGAUGGCCACGAACCGAUUCGUGUGCGAAAUUUGCAACAAAGGGUUUCAGAGGGAUCAGAAUCUGCAGCUCCAUCGGCGGGGUCACAAUCUUCCGUGGAAGCUUCGGCAGAGGUCGAGCAAGGAGGUGAAGAAGAGGGUCUAUGUGUGUCCCGAGCCGUCGUGCGUACACCACGAGCCGUCGCGAGCUCUGGGCGAUCUCACGGGGAUAAAGAAACAUUUCUGUAGGAAACACGGGGAGAAGAAGUGGAAAUGCGAUAAGUGCUCCAAGAAAUACGCCGUACAGUCCGAUUGGAAAGCCCAUUCCAAGAUUUGCGGCACUAGGGAGUACAAAUGUGACUGUGGGACUUUGUUUUCGAGGAGGGAUAGCUUUAUCACGCACCGGGCGUUCUGCGAUGCGUUGGCAGAGGAGAGCGCCAGAGCUCAUACUCAGGUUCAAGCGGUGGUGAAUCCAAAUUCGGAGUCAGACCCGAAUACUCUGGCGGUUGAGUCAUCUGAACCAGCUCCAGCUCCAGCUCCAGUUCCAGCUCAAGCUCAAACUCAAGCUCAAGCCCCACCGGCUCCUCCACAGUCAACUAGCGUACUAUCCUCGGUUUUGCGGAACAAGAGUCCAGAGUUACCGGAAAAUCCUCCACAAAUAAUGGAAGAAGCACCGGCCACGACUGGCCUAAAUGGGAGCUGUGCCAGCACCACCAGCUCAAGCAGCAACGGCAGUGCAAGCUGUAGUGUAUUUGCAAGCUUAUUUGCUUCCUCAACAGCAUCAGCAAGCUUGCAAACUCCUCAAACUCCUGCAUUUACUGACCUAAUACGUGCUAUGGCGCGCCCUGAUCCCCCAACAGACCUUGCACGGCCUUCCUCUACAGAACCCAUUUCUCUCUGCCUCUCCACCAAUCACGGGUCAUCAAUUUUUGGGACUGCAGGGCAAGAGCGUAGGCAGUAUGCACCGCCACCACAACCAGCCAUGUCUGCUACUGCUCUACUACAGAAAGCUGCUCAAAUGGGGGCAGCAGCAACAAAUGCAUCAUUGCUUCGCGGGUUUGGCAUAGUUUCGUCUUCAUCUUCAUCCGGGCAGCAAGAUGGCUUGCAUUGGAGUCAGCGGCAAGUCGAACCGGAGAAUGCCUCAGUUCCUGCAGGACUUGGACUUGGGCAUUGUGAUGGGGGCUCAGGGUUGAAAGAAUUGAUGAUGGGAACUCCCUCAAUGUUUGGUCCAAAGCAAACCACCCUUGAUUUUCUGGGAUUAGGAAUGGCUGCUGGUGGCAGCCCCAGUAAUGGCCUAUCUGCUCUAAUCACAUCUAUCGGCGGCGGGCUUGAUGUGGCCGCCGCAGCAGCUGCGGCAUCCUUUGGAGGUGGAGAAUUCUCUGCUAAAGACAUGGGAAGGGGCACAUGAGACAUUUGAAAGAAAAAAGAAAAAGUAUUUCGUGCUACAGGGGUCUCCAUCUUUUCUUUGAACAAUUGAAGUUGCAGGGGAACGAUGAUAAGCUAUAAUUUUAUAUAAAAUUAAUGCGCUUUGGAGGUAAACAUUAGGCCACAGGCAGUUGGGUUUUUUUUUUUUAUUGUUAUCCUGCCUUUGAUGACCAGGGCAACGAGGACCUUGUCGAUUGUGUAGAUUCGUAGUGAGCUAAAAAAGCCUUGGGAGUUGGGACCCUUUCUUUCCUCCAAUGUGUAAUGGGGUCAGUCAUAUGUUUUUACGCAGAAUACUUGUACUGAUGUUCUGAAUGUGUAAAAAACCAGCCCAAGCUAAAACGAAAAACACCAGCAACAUAUCUCUGUCUAAAUCAGUAUGUAUACCAAGAUUUAAUGCCUUAGUGUUUAACAAGCUAGAGCUUUCAAGUACCAGCUUGGACUUCCGUUGUGCAGUAGAUCGGACCCAAGGGUUGAUAUAUGUAAGUGAUGGCUCGGGUCUAGGUUAUGGCUCAUAGACUUGAUGAAACCUUCUAUAAAUUGUAAUUAUAUUUAGGGGAAAAUAUAAAUAUUGUCCUUAAAUUUUGAUAUAAGUGUCAAUUUACUCUC